GAUUUUGCGGCUGGGCUCCCUCUCUCUGCGGCCCUAGAGUUAAUCCCAUCAGCCGAGAUGAACCACUAGUCUUGCUUUGAAAAAGCCAUUUUGUGUAACUCUUGACUGAAUAAUUUGCUCAUACACCUGUUGGGACAAUCACGGACAAAAGUAUGCCGUUUAAGAGGUCCUUUACUUGACCAAAUACUGGUGAUUAGACGAGAGGUUUUUGUUUUUGUUGUUUUCUUUUUCCUGAUCAUUAUGAACAUUGGGUUUUCACCCUUGAAGUAAAAAUGUUGAAAGCUGAGUCUUCAGGUGAACGAACCACUCUCAGAAGUGCCUCUCCUCAUAGGAAUGCAUACAGAACUGAAUUUCAGGCACUGAAAAGUGCCUUUGACAAACCUAAGUCAGAUGGAGAACAAAAAUCAAAAGAAGGUGAGGGCUCCCAACAGACCAGGGGUAGGAAAUAUGGCUCCAAUGUCAACAGAAUUAAAAAUCUAUUUAUGCAGAUGGGUAUGGAACCCAAUGAGAAUGCUGCAGUCAUUGCCAAAACCAGGGGGAAAGGUAGACCUUCCUCUCCUCAGAGAAGAAUGAAGCCCAAAGAAUUUCUGGAGAAAACAGAUGGCUCAGUUGUUAAAUUGGAGUCCUCUGUUUCUGAACGAAUUAGUCGAUUUGACACAAUGUAUGAUGGCCCUUCAUAUUCUAAGUUCACAGAGACUCGAAAAAUGUUUGAGAGGAGUGUUCUUGAAUCAGGACAAAACAACCGCUAUUCCCCAAAGAAAGAGAAAGCUGGAGGGAGUGAACCACAGGACGAGUGGGGGGGUUCCAAGUCCAACAGAGGCAGUACUGAUUCCUUGGACAGCCUUAGCUCCCGAACCGAGGCUGUCUCCCCAACUGUGAGUCAACUGAGUGCAGUAUUUGAGAACACUGAGUCCCCCAGUGCCAUCAUUUCUGAGAAGGCUGAAAGCAGUGACUACUCAGUGACUGGCCAUUAUCCCCUGAAUUUACCAUCGGUUACUGUUACCAAUCUUGACACCUUUGGACACCGUAAGGAUUCUAAUUCUUGGUCUCCUUCGAACAAACAAGGUGUUGAAACAGAUAAUGCUCAGAAGACUAAUACAACUCCAGUACUAGAAGUGGCUCCUAAAAGUACCUCUCUAGCUUCGUUGUCUAGGGAAGAGAUACAGCAGAGCAAGGAAGCCAAGGACUCUACAUCUAACCAAGAGACUCUGGACAGAACUGACAAAGACAUUCUUGAACCACCUUGUGCUGAAAAGAAGGCAAUGCCGAAGUCUGAAAUCCUUUCACCACAAAACGAACCUUCAGGAGAUGCCGAGGCUAAUUCGGUUGGGAGUGAGACAGCAAAGCAGCCGAGGAAAGAAGAGCUUGCAGGUGGUGAUCUCACCUCUCCCAAUGCUUCUGUAUCCAGUUGUGCAAAAGAAGUAGCUGAAGAUUCAAAUAAUGUUGAGAGUUCCCAUGUGUACAUGCAUAGUGACUAUAAUGUGUAUAGGGUGAGAUCCAGGUAUAAUUCAGAUUGGGGAGAGACAGGCACUGAGCAGGAUGAGGAGGACAGUGACGAGAAUAGCUACUAUCAGCCUGAUAUGGAAUACUCGGAAAUCGUUGGAUUGCCAGAAGAAGAAGAAAUCCCAGCAAAUAGGAAAAUUAAGUUUAGUUGUGCUCCAAUUAAGGUUUUCAACACAUACUCCAAUGAAGACUAUGAUAGGAGAAAUGAAGAAGUUGACCCUGUGGCUGCAUCUGCUGAAUAUGAACUUGAGAAGCGUGUGGAAAAGCUGGAACUUUUCCCAGUUGAGCUUGAGAAAGAUGAGGAUGGUCUUGGUAUAAGCAUUAUUGGAAUGGGUGUUGGAGCAGAUGCUGGACUUGAGAAACUGGGAAUAUUUGUCAAGACAGUAACAGAAGGUGGCGCUGCCCAGCGGGAUGGCAGAAUACAAGUCAACGACCAGAUUGUGGAAGUGGAUGGAAUCAGUUUGGUGGGUGUUACACAGAAUUUUGCCGCAACAGUUCUCCGAAACACCAAAGGCAUUGUCAGAUUUGUCAUUGGACGGGAAAAACCAGGACAAGUGAGCGAGGUUGCCCAGUUGAUAAGCCAGACGCUGGAACAAGAGAGGCGCCAGAGAGAGCUGCUUGAGCAGCACUAUGCCCAAUAUGAUGCUGAUGAUGAUGAGACAGGAGAAUAUGCAACAGAUGAAGAAGAAGAUGAGGUAGGGCCUGUUCUUCCUGGUGGUGACAUGGCUAUUGAAGUGUUUGAGCUGCCUGAGAAUGAGGACAUGUUUUCCCCAUCCGACUUGGACACAAGCAAGCUCAGUCACAAGUUCAAAGAGUUGCAAAUCAAACAUGCAGUUACAGAAGCAGAGAUUCAAAAAUUGAAGAGCAAGCUGCAAGCAGCAGAGAAUGAAAAAGUAAGGUGGGAACUUGAAAAAAACCAGCUCCAGCAGAACAUAGAAGAGAAUAAAGAAAGAAUGCUGAAGCUGGAGAGCUACUGGAUCGAGGCUCAAACAUUAUGCCACACAGUGAAUGAGCAUCUCAAAGAGACUCAAAGCCAGUAUCAGGCCUUAGAAAAGAAAUACAACAAGGCAAAGAAACUGAUCAAGGAUUUUCAACAAAAAGAACUUGACUUCCUAAAAAGACAGGAAGUAGAAAGGAAGAAACUAGAAGAUCUGGAAAAAGCUCACAUUGUGGAAGUUCAAGGCCUCCAAGUGAGGAUUAGAGAUUUGGAAGCUGAGGUAUUCAGACUACUUAAGCAAAAUGGGACUCAAGUGAACAAUAACAACAACAUCUUUGAGAGAAGAACAUCUCUUGGGGAAGUCUGUAAAGGAGACAGCAUGGAGAAUGUGGAGGUUGAGCAUACAUCUUGUCAGGAUGGCCUAAGUCAAGACUUGAAUGAAGCAGUACCAGAAACAGAGCGCCUGGAUUCAAAGGCAUUGAAAACUCGAGCCCAGCUCUCUGUGAAGAACAGGCGUCAGAGGCCCACUCGGACACGGCUGUAUGACAGUGUCAGUUCAACAGAUGGAGAGGACAGCCUAGAAAGGAAGAAUUUUACCUUCAAUGAUGACUUCAGUCCCAGUAGUACCAGUUCGGCAGACCUGAGCGGCUUAGGGGUAGAACCCAAAACACCAGGGCUCUCUCAGUCCUUAGCACUGUCAUCAGAUGAGAGCCUGGAUAUGAUAGAUGAUGAGAUCCUUGAUGAUGGCCAGUCUCCCAAACACAGUCAGUGUCCGAAUCGGGCCGUUCAUGAAUGGAGUGUGCAGCAGGUUUCUCACUGGUUAAUGAGCCUAAAUCUGGAGCAGUACGUAUCUGAAUUCAGUGCCCAAAACAUCACUGGAGAGCAGCUCUUGCAGUUGGAUGGAAAUAAACUUAAGGCUCUUGGAAUGACAUCAUCCCAGGACCGAGCAGUGGUCAAAAAAAAGCUGAAGGAAAUGAAGUUGUCUCUGGAGAAGGCACGGAAGGCCCAAGAGAAAAUGGAAAAACAAAGAGAAAAGUUGAGGAGGAAAGAACAGGAGCAAAUGCACAGGAAGUCCAAAAAGGCUGAAAAGAUGACAUCCACUGCCACAGAGGGCGCUGGUGAGCAGUGAGUCUCGCCCAUUCUGCUGGGUGCUGAUGCUCAAGAGAAGUCCCACUUUUUCCUGCCCCAUUCUCCUCCAGAGCAUGAAGAAGAAAUUGACCACAAGGGUAAUACUGCUGUAGGCAGAUUGAGGAACUGUGUGUUGAAUGACUUCAUUUUCUGCAAUAAUGGAAUGCACUCUUAAUUUUGAUCUCCUAAAAUAAUCCCAAAUUGCUUUUGAUUUAUUGACAAAUGAAAGAUCUCAUUUAUGAGAGAGGCAAAGUAGCUGUGAUUCUUUCUUCUACUUAAGAACAUCUGGAGUGUUGGGUGUGUUGUGCCACUUGGAGGACCAGCAUGACCGUACGAGCACAACACACCCUGGUUUGUUAGUGAAUUUUCAGUGUGGGACUCUGAAAUGGGUCAGUUGCAUCUAUCUGUGUGAAGAGUGCACUUGCCAUGAGCCAUAGGAGCCAUAUUCACUCCCAGGGC